GUGGGUUUUUGGGCACGGACGCGUGUCCAAGGCUGGCGCCCUGCGCACGUGAGAAAAACAGCCCACGGUGUUUGUUUUUUUUGCAGGAGCCGUCGACGUCCUCGCACAGUCAGUUAGUCGUCUGCCCACGCCGACAUGCGCCGCUCCGCUCUGCACAAAUCACACAAAUGUUUCCGCCCGUUUGUCGCCGCGCAGCUUCCUUGACUGCUGCUGGAUGUGCAGACGCCGGAGCGCCGCCGCCGCCGCCGCUUGUUUUCCCAAGUUUCGAUCGCCGCUGCGAUAUCGUGUGACAUCGCGCUGAUUUGUUUUGUUGCUGUUGUUGUUGUUGUUGUUGUUUUCCUUUUUUUCCCUCUUUCCUCGCGAAGCGCUCGGCGAUCAUUCCGUGGCCGAGCGCAGCAUGCGAGCAGCGGGGCUGCAGGCGGGCGGCGGAGACCGGGACUGAGGACCUCUCUCUCUCUCUGUCAGACACCGCGCGCGUCUUUCUUUGGACACGUCUGUCGGACAUAGCCGAGGCGCCCGCGCACUACGCGUCCGCGCCGGUCGUUGCGAUGUCCACGAGGAAGACGUCGUUGACGGACAAGCAGGCGAAAAACGGGACGUCGAAAUACGUGCUGGAGAGAUGCGCUUCUGUUAACGAGUAUUAUGAUGUUUCCUUCAAGGUGAUGCUGCUCGGAGACUCGUCCGUGGGGAAGACGUGCAUCUUGGUGCGCUUUAAAGACGGGGCCUUUCUGGGAGGCAACUUUAUAGCCACCGUCGGAAUUGACUUUAGGAUCUGGGACACAGCCGGCCAAGAGAGAUUCCGCAGUGUAACGCACGCCUACUACAGAGACGCCCAGGCCUUACUUCUGCUCUAUGAUAUCACCAGCAAGCCAUCAUUUGACAAUAUCAGGGCUUGGCUGACUGAGAUACACGAGUAUGCCCAGAAGGAUGUGGUCAUCAUGUUGCUCGGCAACAAGUCAGACAUGGCUGCCGAGAGGGUUGUGAAGAAAGAGGAAGGAGAGAAGCUGGCGAAGGAAUAUGGCGUACCUUUCAUGGAGACCAGUGCCAAGACAGGAGUUAAUGUGGAGCUGGCCUUUCUCGCCAUAGCAAAGGAGCUGAGGCACAGAGCAACGCAGCAGCCGGAUGAGCCCAAGUUCCAGAUACACGACUACAUCGAGUCUCAGAAGCACAAGCCUGGCUGCUGUACCACGGUGUAGCUGAUGCUGAUCACCAGGCGGAGGGAGACGUACAGAGAGAAAGAGAGCGAGAGAGAAAGAGAGGCAGGGAGGGAGUGGGAACAAGGUAGAAAUGUCUGCUCUCACACAAAAAGCCAAUGUCAGCCCCAGACCUGAGGAGCGGACGCCUUCGCCUCCUUCACUUUUGGCUGAAUGGAGGUGGAUCUGGAUUGGCCGCCAUUCCCUUAUCUGAAAUGUGAAUUUAAAUCUCUUUUAAGUCAUGCGUAGAAAUGUUUGUGGUCUUUGUGGUGACAGUUGUAUCAAACUACAAGUCAGGAGUAACAAUCUGAAAUGCUAUAUUCAUCUGCAGGGACACAGAAUAAAAAAGGAUUUAUCAUUCUGCUCUCAGUAAAUGGCUGUUUUAUAUCGAACAAUCAAUACGACUGUUGGUGUGGAUAUAGCAUUUUGCCAUACAGUUUGUUUAAUCCCAGUUUUACCAGACUGUGAACUGAAUCCCCUUUGGCCUUACAGUCGUUAUCCCUAUCCUUCGAUCAUUUAGUGUGUUUGAGAAGUGGACUUCAGUCUCACGGUCAGAUUGUAGCUAAAACGUCUGUUCACAUCUGUACUGCUAUUAGAUAGAAUAAAGCCAACAUUUUUAGGGUG